GUGUGUGCGUGAGCUGAGCUUGUGUGUGUGAGAUGGAGCCCGGAGCUGAAGCUGCGUCCGCGGGCGUGCAAGUGCGCGAUGAGCUCUCCGAGAAGUGUCAGAAGUUAUUUCUGGAGUUUUUGGAAGAAUUUCAGGAUAAAACUGGCGACGCUUUAUAUCUUUCCGACGCGCAAGAGUUGAUCAGGCCGGAGAGGAACACACUGACCGUGAGCUUCAGUAACAUCGAGCACUACAACCAGCAGCUCGCCACCACCAUUCAAGAGGAAUAUUACAGGGUUUACCCGUUUCUCUGCAGAGCAGUUCGCCACUUUGCCAGAGAUCAUGGAAAUAUUCCACCAUCCAAAGAGUUUUAUGUGGCUUUUUCAGAAUUUCCAUCUAAGCAGAAGAUCCGUGAGCUGUCCACCGCCCGCAUCGGCACUCUGUUACGCUUCAGCGGUCAGGUGGUGCGAACCCACCCCGUGCAUCCCGAGCUGGUCAGCGGCACCUUUCUGUGUCUGGACUGUCAGUCUGUCAUCAAAGAUGUGGAGCAGCAGUUCAAAUACACACAGCCGACUAUCUGCAAGAACCCAGUGUGUGCCAACCGCCAACGCUUCAUGCUCGACACCAACAAGUCACGCUUUGUUGACUUUCAGAAAGUGCGGAUCCAGGAGACGCAGGCGGAGCUGCCGAGAGGCUCUAUCCCCCGCAGUGUGGAGGUCAUCCUGAGGGCCGAGGCCGUGGAAACGGCACAAGCAGGAGAUCGCUGUGACUUCACCGGCACACUCAUAGUUGUGCCUGAUGUGUCCGCCAUGGCACUCUCUGGCACGCGGGCCGAAACCAGCAGCAGGGUGACGGGGAGGGAGGGCUUUGAGGCUGACGGUGUUCAGGGGCUCAAGGCUUUGGGUGUCAGAGAACUCUCCUACAGACUGGCCUUCCUGGCUAACCAUGUGGCCCCAACUAACCCACGGUUUGGAGGAAAGGAGCUUCGUCAGGAGGAUCAGACAGCUGAGAGCGUGAAGAACCAGAUGACCGUGCAGGAAUGGGAGAAAGUGUUUGAGAUGAGCCAAGACAAGAAUCUCUAUCACAACCUCUGCACAAGUCUCUUCCCAACCAUUCACGGUAAUGAUGAAAUUAAACGUGGGAUUCUGCUGAUGUUGUUCGGUGGUGUUGCAAAGACGACCAUGGAGGGGACGUCUUUACGCGGCGACAUCAACGUGUGUAUAGUUGGAGACCCGAGUACAUCUAAGAGCCAGUUCCUCAAGCACGUGGAGGAUUUUGCCCCCAGAGCGGUGUACACCAGUGGUAAAGCCAGCAGUGCCGCGGGUCUGACUGCCGCUGUGGUCAAAGACGAGGAGUCGCAUGAGUUUGUCAUUGAAGCAGGAGCCCUCAUGUUGGCCGAUAAUGGGGUUUGUUGUAUCGAUGAAUUUGAUAAGAUGGACCUUAAGGACCAGGUGGCCAUCCAUGAAGCCAUGGAGCAGCAGACCAUCUCCAUCACAAAGGCGGGCGUUAAGGCCACUCUGAAUGCUCGCACCUCCAUCCUGGCGGCUGCCAACCCCAUAGACGGCAGAUAUAACCGCGCCAAGUCUCUGAAACAGAAUGUCAACAUGUCUGCACCCAUCAUGUCCAGAUUUGAUCUUUUCUUCAUACUGGUGGACGAAUGCAAUGAGGUUACGGACUACGCCAUCGCCCGUCGGAUUGUAGAUCUUCACGCCAGGAACGUUGAGUCAGUAGAAAGAGUUUACAGUACUGAUGAAAUCCAGAGAUACAUACUGUUCGCCCGCCAGUUUCAACCAAAGAUAACAUCAGAGGCUCAGGAAUUCGUGGUGGACCAGUACAAGCGUCUGCGGCAGCGGGAUGGUGGAGGAACCACCAAAUCAGCCUGGCGGAUCACUGUGAGGCAGCUGGAGAGCAUGCUACGUCUGUCUGAAGCCAUGGCCAGACUCUACUGCUCAGAUGAGGUCCAGCCCAAACAUGUGAAAGAAGCGUUUAGACUCCUGAACAAGUCCAUAAUUCGCGUUGACUCGCCCGAUAUCAAUUUUGACCAGGAGCAGGAUGACGAUGUGAAUGCAAUGAAUCAAACAUCAGAGGUCUUGCGGUGUAGAAGGAACUUGACUGAUUUCAGUUGUACUUCCACAGAUCAGAAUGACAUGUUUGGUAAAGAGACAGAAGGUCAAAAUGGAGGUGAAGUGAACGGUCAUCCGGUGGAGGCCAUGGACACUGAGCCGGAAAAGCCGGCGGUAACCAAACCUGCUAUCAGAAUGUCAUUUGCAGAGUACAAGAGAGUCUCCAACCUGCUGGUGCUACACAUGCAAAAGAUGGAACAAUUGGAUGAAGAGUCAUCUCUGAAGAAAAGUGAACUCAUUAACUGGUACCUGAAGGAAAUGGAGAGUGAAAUUGAUUCAGAAGCUGAACUCGUCGCUAAGAAGAACCUCAUUGAAAGAGUGCUGUACAGACUCAUCCAUUAUGAUCAUAUCAUCAUAGAGCUGACUAAAACAGGGCUGAAAAAGAUCAGCGAGGAAGGAGAAGAGCCCGUCACGGAGGAGGAUCCGUUUUUGGUGGUGAAUCCCAACUAUGUACUGGAAGACUAGUCAAGCUGGCUUUACCAACCUUGAUCAUUUUUAGUGCUUCUGUAAUCUUAAAUAAUGACUAAUGUAAUAUGCAAUAUUUGAUUAAGUGAAUGAGAACAAAUAAAUAUA